AUGAGGCACGCCAGAGCCUGCCUCAGCGGCCGCGCCGUUCCUUUCGUGCUCCCCCCGUCUCUUGGCCCACACAUCCAUCCGACGUUCGACGCCUGCCAGCCACCGAUGCUCCCGCGCGACUUCGAGGAGGAACCGUGCAGGCGCAAGCUCGCCAACCAGGCCGGCGUGCACCUGGCGGUGGACAUGUAUUGGAGCGGUUCCGAGGCCCUGGCCACCGCUGUCCAGAAGGUGGUCGUGAACGCGUUCAAUUACUCCCGCGACGACGAGCAGCUCCGGUCGGCGAGGACGUUGCCGCGUUUCCAGACACUUCGGCAGCUGACAGUCGAGGGCGACCCGCAACGCGGAGAGGUGGGAGUUUGA